AUGACCCAUCACACGGUUGAUGAAGAGGCGAGAGCUGAGGUCGAUGUCCUAAACUCUCGCCUGGAGAAAACCACGCAGCUCACCAAGAAGAUUCAGGCCAGCCUCGGUCGCCUGGAGGUCUCUGGCCAGAGUGUCCGCGAUGUUGCUGGUCCGCUUAGUAGCGAAACCAGACGUUUACAGCUACUUGGAAAUAAUGUUGACUCUGUUCUCUCCGCCAUCGAUCGACUACGCCAACCUGCCGAUAGUAAAGAUAACGAAGAGCAGAUUAUCCGUGCCGGGCCAGAUAAGGCCGGGUUGUCAAGUUACCUAGCCUCGUUGAAGAGGCUCAAUAAGUCGCACAGAGAGAUGCAAGCAUCCAACUUGAGAGCGAACCAGCACACAAUGACUGAUCUUACACGGCUCAUAAAGUCAGGCAACUCGCAACUAGAGAGCUACUUUGACAAGCUUCUACGGGGUGAAACGCCUAGAUCCAUCGAACCUCUACAUUACAUUACAAAAGAUAAACCAUUCCCAGUUUUACCCCAAGACAAGAUUGCUCGAUUGGGCCUCGUCUAUGCCUACUUGGCUGGCGGCCAGAAGCCUGUCGGUCACGACUCGCCGGCGUCGAAGAUAUAUGCCGAAGUUCGUGGCCCGUAUUUGUCGUCAUCUCUUGCCAACCUGGCCGCCGCGAGUGUGAAUACAGCCAAGAAAAAGAAUCUCGGCGCAAUAUAUAGGGUGGGAACCAAUGGUAUUGGCACGUAUGCCCAGGCCAUGGAGGCUAUUUUCCUAUCGGAGUAUGACAAUAUUUGCAGCAUAUUCAAGCGCGAAGACUGGGGACCGGUAUUUCAAGGCACUUGCCAGGCAGCAUUGUCCGAGCUUGCGCGUACUGUCCGAGAACUCAAUGCUCACAUCAAAGGCCAUCUCGGCACUGACUGCUAUUUGGCAUAUGAAAUAACCGAAAUUCUCUCGGGCCUUCUAGGGAAUUUAGAGACAAGGACGGGGGAACUCAAAGCUUCUCUGGCUGCAGCGCUAAAACCCGUACGGGAAACCGCCAAGGCAUCACUUUCCGAGCUGUUGGAGGAUACCAAAAGAAAGGCUGGCGGCUUGCAGACACUGCCUUCUGAUGGUGCUUCCAUACCCCUCGUGGCAGACACGAUGCAACGACUGCAGGCCAUGGUGGAGUUUCUCCGUCCAAUCUCUAGUAUCAUGAUCUCUCUUGGCGAUGGAGGCUGGAAGCCGAGUUCUGCGUCUGCUGGCCGAUCCGCAGAUGUCAUCCCGAGCCUCGCAUCCUUUGAUAUCGGUGCGGAUGGGAGGGAGAUUUUUGGGCAUUAUUGUCUGGACACUAUCGAUACCCUUUUGUCUACGUUAGACCAGAAAGCAAAAAUUUUGCUUCGUGGUAAAUCCGUCGCAGGGGUGUUCCUGGCCAAUAGCGUUGUAACAGUUGAGCGGAUGAUACGAGAUUCAGAUCUCGGGCCUCUUUUACAGUCACGGCUCGAAGUGCUGGACCAGUGGCGCAAAAAGGCAACAGCGGCAUACACGGAUGUUUGCAGAGAUUUGUCUGUCUAUCUAUUCGAUACAAUUCACACCAAUCGCACUCAGCGACCCACGUCUGGCCAGGCAGCAGACUCAGCCUCGGUCAUCAAAAGCCUUAGUAGCAAAGAUAAGGACAAAAUCAAGGAGAAGUUCUCUCAGUUUAAUGCUGCAUUUGACGAAAUGGUUGCCAGGCACAAAUCUUACAGUAUGGAACCUGACGUGCGGUCCAUGUUCGGCAAAGAUAUCCGUCAGAAGCUGCAACCACUGUAUGACAGGUUUUGGGACCGAUAUCAUGAUAUUGACAAGGGCAAAGGGAAGUAUGUAAAAUACGACAAGUCAUCCAUUGCGUCUGUUUUUCUUAGUCUUGCAUCUUGA